AUGCGCGAUCGGUUCCGCUGGUCCAAUGACCCGAAGGAUUUUCAGCUAGCAGCAGUCAAGGCACAACUCGAGGGUGUCGACAUGAUCGUGCAAGCUCCCACUGGUGCCGGAAAAACCGCUCUCGCUGCUGGGCCGCACGUGUGGCCUUCGUGUUCUCGCAGAGUCACGUUGAUGGUUUGCCCCUUACUAACUCUUGAAGAUGAGCUCGUGAAGACGUUCAAAACCGACUUCGGCCUCUCCGCAGUGGCUCUCAACAGCAAGAACGGUUAUGUGUGCUCCAAUGAAGUUGUUAAUGAUAUCUUGGCUCUGAAGCACCAAAUCCUUCUCAUCUCCCCCGAGAUGCUCCAGUCAACCACGUUUGUCGACCGCAUCCUACGCAAACCCGGCUUUACCCAAAGCGUUGUGUCAGUGUUCAUUGACGAAGGUCAUUGUAUCGCACACUGGGGCGCUGACUUCCGCAAGAAGUACGGCACACUUGGGAAGGUCCGCGCGUUCCUACCACCCAGAACCCCGUUCAUUGUCGUGUCUGCGACAAUCACUCCACGUGUAAAGCGUGCUAUCCGGGACUCCCUGCUAUUCGCGCAAGCUGGCCGGGCGUCUCUCUGGAUCAACAAGGGGAACGAUCGACCCAAUGUCUCGUUCGUUGUUCGGGCGUUAGUGCACCCUCUCAGUACAUUGGCCGACAUCGACUUUGUCAUACCCUCCACUAUAACCUCCCCCCUGGAUAUCCCUAUCACGCAGGUCUUUGCCGAUGAUGUUGACCUCGGUACCGAGGUGGUAGACUAUCUCAACAACCGACUGCGCACUCUUCUCGGGAACCCCAUCGAGGUCGCCGCUCUCGACAUGGACAUCAAUCCUGCCCUGCUGGAAUGUGUUCGGCCAUUCAAUGCGCAAUUGUCUCAGGAAUACCGUGCCGCCGCGAUGCCUCUAUUCCGCGAAGGACAUAUCCGCGUCAUGGUGUGUACCGAGGCUGCUGGGAUGGGCAGCAAUAACCCACGUGUCGCAGUCGUGGUUCAACUGAAAAUGCCCAAGAAGCUCUCGAACUUCCUUCAGCGUGCCGGGCGAGUAGCGCGAGCACCCGGGCUUACUGGAGUCGCUUACAUGCUCGUGGAGAGACACUGCUACGGUGUCGACCUCGUUUCCGCAACCCCUAAGGGCAAGCGGGAUCCCAAAGAGGUUCAACAGUACGCUCUUGAUCACGGCGUUAACCGAGGAGGCCCAUCAGAGGAAGAUGCCGUGCCAACCGGUCUGCAGCCACGCUUCGACCCCGACAGCGAAGACGAAGGACUCCUCGCCUUCAUACAAAGUGUCACUUGUCGGCGCCAGGUUUGCCAGAAGAUCUUCGAGAGCGCAACGGAACAGCGGCCCAUCGUCCCCUGCUGUGAUCUAUGUGACAUCUCACUACUCGGUCCAGCUCGCCCAUCGCCUCUGAAGAACGAGAGCAAGCCCCGACUGCCAAAGAAGACCCGCCCUAACCGUGACCUCGAGAGCAAGCUUACCACGUGGCGCGUGAUGGUUCACAGUCGUGAAACACCGCGUCGCACUUACUCUGCCGAAGCCAUCCUGAGCGACAGCCUCAUCGACCUCCUCGUCUCUCAUGACAGCUUGUCCAUCAAACUCGUCUCUGUUAACCUUCAGGAGAAGUGGGCUUUCUGGGACCGGUAUGGUGAUGAGCUCAUGCACGUCUUGAAGGACGUCGGGAUCGUCAAGGCGCCGGACAGUGGCACCCCGAAGAUGAGCACGAAGCGUGUCCCUCGCAAAGCCAAGCCAGCACCAGCAACUGCGUCCAAGACUGCGCCGACUGACGCUCCACUGGCGUUCAAUCCCCACUACCACAGCUUCAGUGUCAAGACAGAACAUGAGCCCUCGAUGUCUCAGGUUCCAGGCUCGCCGGGCAUGUGUUCUAUUGUGACGUUCAGUUUGCCGAUAGGCACUGUUCCUCCCCUACCGACAAUAUCCAGUCCUCAACCGCCACCAAUCGACCUUGCCGCUCAAGUCCCACAGGCACCGUUGGAUCCGACUGCUCUACCAUGCAAGCAUACUCCGAUCCCCACGAGUAUGACAUCGGGAUACACCGUCCAUCACGACCCGUACCGUCUGGUGACGGUUCUCGUCAAGUCUCCACAGCUCUAUCCCAGCGUCGCCGCCAUCUCUCUUACCUCACAUCAACUUCUCCCGGGUUGUCCGGUGUUCGGUGGCCUCCCAUUUCGCGGGUACAACACCCCACUCACCACCCAUAUGGAAGCUCUCUUCUCCCUCCUCACACGGUCUCAACAUCUCGGGAGCAGCUGCAUCACCAUCAGCAAACCUCCCACCACGGUGCGACUCGGCCGGCGCUAG